AUGAAGAGAUUUGGCUAUCACCAAAGCAAUUCAGACCACACACUCUUCCUUAAAAGAAGAAGAGACUUGAUAAUAUGCCUUAUCAUAUAUGUGAAUGAUAUAAUCAUCACAGGAAAUAAAAGAAAGCAGAUAGGGAUAUUAAAAGAGAAAUUGUUCAAUGAAUUUGAGAUGAAGGAUCUAGGAAGACUCAAAUACUUCCUAGGGAUUGAAGUGCUCAGGUCAAAUGAAGGGAUCUUCAUAUGUCAAAGGAAAUAUAUUUUAGAUUUGAUCGCAGAAAGUGGAAUGCUAGAAUGUAAACCUACAGAUACUCCCAUUGUAGUAAAUCAUGGCCUUCAAACAGUUCAAGGAGGAGAAGCAGAAAACCAUGAACAAUCUCAAAAACUGGUAGGGAAAUUGAUUUAUCUCUCACACAUCCAUCUAGACAUUGCAUAUGCAGUUGGGAUUGUGAGUAGAUUUAUGCACCGGCCUCAGAUUCAUCAUAUGGAAGCAGCCCUCAAGAUCUUCAGGUACUUAAAGGGGACAUCUAGAAAAGGGAUAAUAUUUCGAAGAAAUCAACAUCUCAGACUACAAGCAUACACAGAUUCAAACUGCGCAGAAGACAGAGAUGACAAAAAAUCAACAUUUGGGUACUUCACACUCGUAGGAGGAAAACUAGUUACAUGGAGAACAAUAAGCAUAUCUGAGAAUGCAGUCCAACACGAUAGAAUAAAACAUGUGGAGGUUGACAGACACUUCAUAAAAGAGAAACUUGAGGGAUAUGAAAAUAGAGCAAAGCAGUCAGUGGAAGACCAACACUGUAAUCUCAGUAAGAGGAGGCAACGCAAGGCUUAUAAAAGGUCUUUCCUUGAUUUGUCAAAGUUUAGUUCUUGUUCUUCAUUAUCAAGUUUGAAUCUUUCCUUCAAUUUAUUGGAUUCUUCUAAGGAUUUGAAAGGGGCUCAUUUUGGGCUUUCUCUCAAAACUUUGGAUGUUUCUUUAAAUCAUUUAUCUGGGCAACAAGUUCUUCUAUGGGUGUUCUCUCAUGGUUAUGAGAAGUUAACCCGCUUAGCUUUAAAGGGGAAUUAG